CAAGCAGCUACACUGUACUGCACUAGCGUCUGGGGUUGUCAGUAUCUUUCCGAGAUACCUCUUGAAAGUGUUGGACUGACUUGCAUCGAAGUGCGCAGGAUCGACGUCGCAGUAUAUGCUUCGCCUGUGACAUACUUGGCAGUAAUUAGAGUGCAGAGUUAGAUCGCUGUGAGGAGUGGUAGCUUCGGUGUGUAACUGUGAGUACUUUGUAUAUGUUUGACACUUACAAAUGCUACCCUUCUCGUGCGUUAACGUGAGUGCUAAAGUGCAAUAGUGAGCGAAACUUUUAAACGGAAAUAUCUGUUACACAACUCCUCCAAUCUGUGAAGUAAAAAUGAGUGAAAAUUUUGGCGGGAUAUUAUUAUCAAGUAAAGCUGAUCCGUCUGUAGUCACUGACAUUCCAGUAACCGAUCCGGGUACUAAUAUUCAUGUGGAAGGAUCAGAGUCGUUCGGAGGACAAAGGACAAAACUGGACGCAAAAUCAUCAGGUGCGCUGAAAAAGUCUAGUCGCUACCGUAGUCGUUCCUUGUCAGCGUCUUCGACGGACUCUUACAGUUCUGCUUCUUAUACAGGUAGCAGUUCAGAAGAUGAUCCUGUUUCUCCAAGAGAAAAGGUGCAGAAGAAUUCGUCAGGGGCUACAGAUUUUUGUGUGAGAAAUAUUAAACAGCAUGCUUUUGGUAGAAGAGAAAUAGAAAUUGCUGAGCAGGAGAUGCCAGGUAUUAUGGCACUGCGCAAACGGGCUAGUGACGAUAAACCCUUGAAGUCGGCAAAAAUUGUUGGUUGUACCCAUAUUAACGCACAAACUGCCGUUCUAAUUGAAACGCUAGCAGAGCUAGGUGCCCAAGUUCGAUGGGCAGCAUGCAAUAUUUAUUCAACUCAAAAUGAAGUUGCUGCUGCAUUAGCAGAAGCAGGUUUCCCAAUUUUCGCUUGGCGCGGGGAAUCUGAAGAAGAUUUUUGGUGGUGCAUAGACAAAUGCGUUAAUGCUGAGAAUUGGCAACCAAAUAUGAUCCUUGAUGAUGGAGGAGACGCCACCCACUUAAUGCUAAAGAAAUAUCCUUCCCUCUUCAAAAGCAUAAAAGGUAUAGUGGAAGAAAGUGUCACAGGAGUGCACCGCCUGUAUCAGCUGUCAAAAGCAGGAAAGUUAUCAGUGCCUGCGAUGAAUGUUAACGACUCCGUGACAAAAACGAAGUUUGACAAUUUAUAUAGUUGUAGAGAAUCUAUAAUUGACAGUCUGAAACGAUCAACAGAUAUUAUGUUCGGAGGAAAACAGGUUGUCUUAUGUGGUUAUGGUGAGGUUGGUAAAGGUUGCAGUCAAGCUCUAAAGGGCUUAGGAUGCAUUGUUUAUAUAACAGAAAUUGAUCCUAUUUGUGCUUUGCAAGCUUGCAUGGAUGGGUUUCGCGUAGUCAAAUUAAACGAGGUUAUACGCACUGUCGAUAUAGUGAUAACUGCCACAGGCAAUAAAAAUGUUGUAACGCGCGAGUAUAUGGACAAAAUGAAAAACGGUUGCAUUGUGUGUAACAUGGGACAUUCAAACACGGAAAUUGAUGUGAAUAGUCUCCGUACUCCUGAUCUGACUUGGGAGAAGGUUAGUUCCCAAGUAGACCAUGUUAUAUGGCCAGAUGGAAAAAGGAUUGUUCUCCUUGCAGAAGGACGCCUUGUCAAUCUCAGCUGCUCAAGUCUUCCGUCUUUUGUUGUGUCUAUCACCUCAGCAACGCAAGCUCUUGCACUUAUUGAGUUGUUUAAUGCACCUCAUGGUCGUUAUAAGUCUGAUGUGUACCUCUUGCCAAAGAAGAUGGAUGAGUAUGUAGCAAGUUUACAUCUCCCUACAUUUGAUGCUCAUCUAACAGAACUUUCUGAUGAACAGGCCAAAUACAUGGGCCUUAACAAGGCAGGGCCGUUCAAGCCGAACUAUUAUCGCUACUGAGUAAAAGAUAUUUAGAAAAGAUUUUCCUGUUUUUCACCACAGGUCACAUGUUAUUGAUGGUCCAUUCUCAUGUAUGCCAUACUUUGAGCAAAAUUUCUUCAGCCUCACAAUGUUUACAUUAAGUCAUUACACGUACCAUAUUUCCAAGGUGUUCAUGGAGCUUUUUUUAUAUUUCGUGUGUUAACUGGUACUUCCUGUAAGAAAGAUCUAUGUGGAUGUAUUUUCGUUGAGACUGAAGAAAUUUUCAAGCUGACCACCUUUCUACCAUGAAUGAAUGUUCUCCAGCCCUCUCUUUUUCUCUUGCUUUCUUUUUUCGCAUCAGGAAUGAUAUAAUGUUUGCAAAUGUUGGCUGCUACUGAAGUAAUUAUUUUAAUGUUUUGACUCUGUUUAAUAGACAUCAGUAUUGUGUUAAGCAUUCAUUAUUAGACUGAGGAGAAAAACUAAAAUAUCUGGUAGCAAGUGAAAUGAAAUUGCCCCCAACUUUGUUACAUACUUGACUGUAAGUUAUAUUGUUAUUGAUUCUCACUGUAUGUACCUGGACUCAAUCAUAGUCCAUCAUUCAUCAUUGCAAAUUUAGGGAUUACAGUAACCAAAGCAAUUUAGUCAUUCAUUUGUGAUACUAGCUGGAAGUGUUUCAUCAGCUAAGCUGCUUGAAACCAAAUUGAACGAAGAAAUUGGCUAGGAGUUACGUAGUAGCUCCCUUUGCAUUUUUCAUUGUUUAAAUAUAUACAUACAUUAAAUGCAUUGAAAUAUUCACUGGACAUGUCUUAUUAGAUAAUACAGCUAUUUUGAAUUUAUUUUGCAGUUUGAUUCUGUAAUAAAAGAUGUGUUAAGUAUAGCAGGAAUGUAUAAAUCUGGUGACUCUACAGGUCAAUCUGUUACCAAAACUUUCACAUCACAUACAUUUUUAUUGCCCUAUCAAUGAGUAACCUACCUAGACAUUGGGCUACACAACAGAUUGAUGUCAAUUCAACAAAUAUUUAAUGGGAGCCACUAUCACACUCCUUGCCAAGCAAUUGCGUAAAAUUAUGUUAAGGGUCUCAUAAUUAUUGCAUUUGAAUCCUCAAACUAAUGGAACCAUGUAAUUUUACUGUUAUAUGGCUAAAUUUGUAGAAACUCUGUAGUUAGACAGGCAUGGUGGAGAGGAGGGGUGGGAGCUUCAUUAUUUGAUACUGUGGAUUGACAAAUAAUUUUCAUUUUUACACUGUAUAUUUUGAAAUAUAAGUGAAAAUGUAAUUAUGCCGAGGGAGAAUGUUCAUGAAGUAAAGGCACGCUCGGGUAGUCAGUGAAGUUAGAACCAUACAAAUGUUUGGUGUACAUUGAUUAGGGUUGGCAAAAGUCACUCCAGUUAGUGUUCAUAUAAUCACUGCUGAAGUACAGAGCUUAGAAUACUCUAGUAGCUGAGUCUAGUGGCACAAUCAUUUGCUGUGAGAGUAGCAUCGUAAACAAGGAUAGUUGUGAAGGUGUCACAGUCAGAAAUUGAUAAAAGAUUUUCUUUCUCUGUGUUCUUAGUUGUGCUGCCAUUAAUAAAGAAAGAUGAAACUGGAAGCUAUCCUCUUAGAUAUUGUAUGAAUGUAAAGUGUCCAGAGAAAUUGUGUUGCUGUGUAAUGAUCAUCCCUCUUUGCAUGCUUUGUUGCAGGGAGCAGUCGUGUGUAGGAUUUAGUAAUUUUUGUACAAAAGUCAUACACUAGUAUUAAAUUUUAGUCCACAUUCAUAAAAAAAGACUAUUUUAAUAUCGUUUAUGGUAGGCAAUAAUUGAAAGAUUUUUUCCCCUACAGUUAAAUUAUGUGCUCUUGUUGAAGAUUACAGAUAAUAGCAGUCUCAUAUGUACUUCUAUGGUGUAUGUUUGGAAAUGCCACAUGAAAUGUUUGUGUGUGUGAAUUUCUGUAUAUUUUCUCUUUUUGUUAAAAUUGUACUGCUUUUACAAUGCACUGCCCAUUCAUAUGCAGCAAUGCAUGUGCAUGAAAUGUCAUUGAGAUUGUGUAUCAAGGGAUAUCUGUUAGACAGCAAUAAUCCUGUGUUUUUGAGAUAUUCAUGAUGUGUUUUGUUGGCAUGCAGUUUUACAAGUGGUAUUUCAUGUCAUUUUGAAACUGAUGUUUUUGUAGUAAUGUAUUUUGGUUAAGAUACUGAAUUGCAAAUUGUAGACAACUUUUAUUGUACUGUGUAGCUUUCUUGAGAUUUCCUUUUCCUUUUUGUUUUAUUUGCCCACUUCUGAUUGUAUUGUUUUAGUAGCUUGCAUAUUGUAAAUGUUGCCAUAAAAGUCAUUUUUCUCCGUGUAACUCACAUAUACAGUACUGAGCUUGUGGUCUAACCAAUUGUUAGACACAGACAUAUGUGUGUUCUGUAUUUAAAGUGCAAAAAAGUCUUUCCAAAGUUGAAUAUGUUGACAUUGUGUUGAAUGAAAGGAAAAUGUGUAAAAAAUGAUAGUGUAUGAAUAUGUAAAGUGUAAUGUAAAAAAAAAGUACAGUUGUUGAACAACCUCAUUAUUCACAGAGAUAUGACAUGGCCUUAAUAAUUCAAGUUUUAAGAAAAGUAUUAAAAUCAUAUUUACAUGUCAAGAAAAAUGUUACAUUGACUGUAACUUAUUUAUUGUCUCAGUAAAGUAAUUAUUUACUGCAUAUUGUUGAAGUUGUACUCUAUUUUGUGUAUCCAGUGACCUCAGUUAUGUUAUAUUGCUAACUUCAGGGUACUAGAAGACUGACUGUCAAGACUUUUUAAGCUUUUGUAACAAUAAAAGUUUGAUAAAUUCUGUAUCCUGUCUGCAGCAGGUAAGUUUUUGGUAUAUUUGUGAUCAGUGGAUUCACUUUUAACUUUAUUGUUAGUGUGUAAUGUGAGCAGUUGUGUGGAGCAGUUUGUAUGGCAAAAGCUACUGUGCUUAAAUAUGGUUCAGUUGGGGAAGGAAAUGGCGAUAUUAUAACAGCAUGAAAUGUCUGUGGACACGUGUUCAGUUUUUAUACUGCAGAGGAGUAAGAGUUUUGCCAUUGAAAUAUAAAAGCCUAAUGUCACCACCAUAAUGAUCUAAGCCUGCCCAUCUCAUUUGUUCUCCUACCCCAUCCCUCCCCAUAUAUGCUACCUUUUUGAUUUCCUGUUUCUUCAUAUUGUCCUACUGUUUUCAAUGUAUUUGGUUUGAACAUCAUCUUGGAAUUGUGUAGUCAGUUGGUGUAUUGAAUAUUGUAGCUACCCUGCAAUGUUAUUUCCUCAGUGCUCUUGCAGCCAGGGAAUGAAUAAGUCAAUGUCUCAGGAGCUUAAUUUUAGUUGCCUUUAUGCAUUUUGAGAAAAAAAACCUUUAUUUUUGGUAUGUGUAAUAGUUCUACAGUUGCUUUUUGUAAUUUUUGCAAUGAUGUAUUAUACAUUUCAUCAUACACUACCUGUAGAGUUUUACGAGUGUAAAUAUGUUAUAGCCUAAUUUGAUUUAGAGAUUGAGAAUUUAUAUUAUGUGAAAACUAAAAUCUAAACUCCACAACUUGUAAUUUGUUUU